CCAUAUAUAUACGCAUCUCCAUGAACACUACCAUCUCAUCUGCUACACAACACAUUCACAUUUACUACUUCAAGUUUCACUCUUGUUUAAACACUAUUUGCUUACCAAAUUCUUCAAACCAAGAAAUCAAACAAGAUCAUGAGUUCAACGAGCAGAGCUUGGAUUGCUGCCGCCAGCGUCGGAGCUGUGGAGGCUUUGAAAGAUCAGGGAUUCUGUAGAUGGAACUACACCAUGAGGUCGGUACAUCAUCACGCCAAGGCCAGUCUCAGGUCCUUUUCUCAGGCCAAGAACCUCUCUUCACAAUCUCCGGCGGUGGCCGCGUCUGCGAGCAGAGUGAGGGGAGGAGAGGAGGCGAAGCAAUCGGAGGAGUCGUUGAGAAAAGUCAUGUACUUGAGCUGUUGGGGUCCCAAUUAGUUGAUCCUAAAAAACCCAACAAUUAACUGAGCUGAGAAUUUAGUAACUUCGAGAUUUUCGGGUUUUGAGUCAGGUCUGGAUGUUGCAAAACGGACGCCCGAUCCGAUCUGAUGUAAAUACUAAAUGUAGAAAUAUGUCCUCGGAUUUAUUGAUAAAUGAUAAUCAGUCUUUUCCUCGAA